AUGUCAAACAUCAAAAGAUUUGUACUGGCCAAGCAGGUAGAAGGAAUACCUCAACUCACAGAUUUUAAAAUUCUAGAAACCAAGUUGCCAGAGUUGAAAGAUGGCGAGAUAUUGGUGAAAGCUUUGUAUCUGUCAGUGGACCCAUAUAUGCGGUUGUUUAUGUCUGGUGUGAAAGAGGGUGUUGACACAAUACUGGGUGAACAGGUUGCACGGGUGGUUGAAAGUAAGAAUCCGAAUUAUAAUGUAGGCGACUUGCUAGUGUGUAAUACCGGCUGGACGACGUAUAGCGUACCAGAUAAGAGACAUACCGGUUUUGUGACAGAGCUGGAUGGCACAUUCCGUAAGAUUGACUUUCCUCCAGACAUUCCUAUAAGCUAUGCAAUAGGACUACUCGGCAUGCCAGGGUUGAGUGCCUAUUUUGGUUUAUUGGAUUGUUGUCAGCCCAAGGAAGGUGAAACAGUUUACGUGAAUGCUGCCGCUGGCGCAGUGGGAAUCACCGUUGGACAAAUAGCCAAGAUUAAGGGAUGUAAAGUUGUUGGAAGUGCUGGGUCUGAUGAGAAAGUGGCCUUUCUUAAAGAAGUUGGAUUUGACGAAGCUUUCAACUACAAGACAGAGCAACUCGACGAGGCUUUAACAAGAACGGCGCCUAAUGGAAUAGACUGUUUCUUUGAUAAUGUUGGUGGAUUAAGCUCAGCUGUUACUUAUGGCCAUUUAAACGAAAGAGCACGUGUUGUUGUCUUUGGAGUGAUUUCGCAAUACAAUAAAUCGGAACAGGACAAAGUUCCUGGCGCUGAAAUCACUAUAUUGAUGAAACGUCUAAGCAUCAAAGGUUUUUUGUUUUUUGAUAUGGUUGACAAACCAGAUGUGUUGCAUAAAGCUUUGAUUGAAAUGAUCGGAUGGAUUAAAGAGGGGAGACUGAAAUACAAAGAGGCUGUCAUAGAGGGAUUUGAAAAUAUGCCCAAGGCGUUUAAGGGGAUUUUCAGUGGCGACAAGUUCGGCAAAGUGGUUGUUAAAGUAUAA